AUGCCUAAGUCAACUGAUUGGGAUACUAACACACAACAUGACAGUGGAUCAGAGAGUGCACCAUUACUCUCUUCUGAAUCUCACAGAAGUGUGGAAUCAACCAUAUUUCAUGACUCUGAGACAAGUGACUUUGAAAGUACACCUGUCAAUGCACAUUUCAAGUAUGGUAGUUUAGAAGUAUGUAGUGUUCACUCCACUGCUACUAUAUUACCAAAGAGACCACCACCCCUUACUCAAGAAAAUGCUUUACUUAUGCCACUAUCCUUAAACACAUCUUGUCCAUUAAAUGUAACACAAGACAGAUGUUAUGAAAUUCAUAAUACUGAUCUGGUGAGGAUACCACAAACUACGUGUAAGGAUAUCAAACCGAAACAAAGCUCUCUGGUUACUGUGUUUUCAAUAUGGAACACUAUAUUAGGCUCAUCUUUAUUAACAAUACCAUGGGGUAUUCAAAUGGCCGGUUUUUUCCCCGGUAUUAUCCUUAUACUUGUAAUGAGCGGUUUAUGUUUAUACACGGCUCAUUGUCUUCUUCUUGUACAUAAAUAUCAUGGUGGACACACGGGUAUAGAAGUAAUUCAUCUGAGUCGAAUAUAUUUAAAUAAAUGGGCAGAAUACGUGGCUCAAUCUUUCAGCAUCACUGUAUUGUUAGGAGCAAUUGUUGCAUAUUGGGUACUAAUGUCUAAUUUCCUAUACAAUUCUGUAAAUUUCAUACAUGAUAGUAUAGGAGGAACAUCUGACAUUUCUGUAACUGAUAAUGGUUCUUAUCCAUCAGAAAUAUUGUGCCCAAAGGAAACAGUGUACAAUGAUACAAAUACUGCAAUUCAUGAAUAUACAUACAGUUCUAUAGGACCAUUUUGGGAUUUAUACAAGACAGUUCCCAUAUUCCUGGGUGUAUUAAUCUUUCCAGUUUUGAAUUUCAAUAGUCCUACCUUUUUUACAAAAUUCAAUUCCCUUGGAACCGCGUCAGUCAUAUAUUUGAUUAUAUUUGUCUUGGUAAAAUCAGCCUCGUGGGGCAUUCAUAUGGAUCAAGUGGACUGGGAAAUUAGCUGGACAUUGAAAUUCUCGUUUCCUGCUCUUUCUGGAAUGCUGGCAAUGUCAUUCUUCAUUCACAACAUCAUAAUUACUGUGAUGCAAAAUAAUCGUGAUCAAACUAAAAAUGGAAGAGAUCUUUCUAUAGCAUAUUUUCUUGUUACACUAACUUACGUUAUAGUUGGUAUAGUGUUUUACGUGUGUUUCCCGCUCAACAAAUCAUGCAUUGAAGAUAAUUUAUUGAAUAACUUUCCAAAAUGGAGCGGCUUAACUGUGGGUGCUCGCAUCGUUCUACUCUUCCAAUUGUUAACAGUAUAUCCGUUGCUUGCGUACAUGUUACGCAUUCAAUUACUUUCGUUGAUAUGCAAAACAUCUAACACAGGCUGUGUUGUUUUAGUUAAUAUUAUUCUGGUAUGUAUAUGUAUUUUGUUUGCAGUUUUUGUACCAUAUAUUGGUACAAUAAUACGGUAUACAGGUGCUCUAAGCGGUUUCGUGUACGUGUUCACAUUUCCAAGCUUAUUGUAUUUAGUAGUUUUGAAACAGCAGAAACGACUGACACUAUUUCUUCUACUCCUGCACAUAAUUAUACCAAUAUUUGGCUUUUUAAAUCUAUUCGCCCAGUUUUUCGUCACAGAAUCGUAA